CCAGUGUGAUUUGGUCAGCUGGGUGUUAAUUUCGAAAAUGAAUUUGUGUGUUUAUACUGUAGUUGACGGGUUGAAUUGUUGUUUUUAUUGUGGCAGUUUUCACGAGCCCUGGAUAUUGCGAAGUACAGCAGAGUGAAUGAAAGGCGCGACGCUGUUUGUCUCUGUCUUUUAAUGUACAAGAGCGUCAAUGGCAGUAAGGGCUGUUUGCAUCGACGCAUUCGAAUUUUAACCUCCGUGGCAUCAAGAUCGGACAGGACGGAGCGUGCAGUUUGGCAACGUCGUGCAAGAGAGCCAAGAGUGGUGAGAAAGGCAGGAGUGUGUGUGUGAGAAAGAGAGAGUGAGGAAAGGAAAUAGCGGACUGGACGAGUGAAAGAGGAAGAGAUCGUUUGCCAUCUGCAAAAAAGCAAGCAAAAACGCGUGAUUCGAAAGUUGAACGUGCUCUUAUCCAACCAACUUGCCCUCCCCGCGAAACGCAACUAGCGCCUACAAACACAUUGGCAUCUAGUGACGGUGGCAGAAAUCGUGCCCAAUUUUCAUCUCCCUAACAUCCUCCGCACAAUCGAGGUUACCACACGCGCGACGACGAACAACCACGGCGGUGUGUGCCAAAAAGAGGGUGGAUUUUUGCAGUUAAAUUUUUCGCUCUUCUGUAUUGUGAUCUACUACCACCAACAAACAACAGCCAGACAAAAAAAAAACCCGUUUCGUGAAACAAAGCCAUCCAUGUUCCAAUAGAGGAAAAAAAAAGAAACCUUGUGAUUUUUCCCUAAGCAGAACGUGUUACAAGCAGGCGCAGCAGCAGCAGCUGCUGUUAGCAAACCAACCAAUAGAGAGUGACGACGAACCACUAAUACCACCACACGCAACAAUUUGCCCUUCUUUUUUUUGUACGACCAGUUUGAACGUGUUUCUCUGUCCUCACUUCUUCUACCACCAGCGUAGCCAUUAAACGAGGCCGUCGUUUAUUUGUGUGUAGCUGUUCGAGCUGGUUUUUUUGUGGCAAACUUCAUCACCAAUAGAGAGCAAAAAAAAAACCCCAGCGUUUCCGUGUUUCGCACAAACACACGCACACACAUUUGUACGCGUGUGAGCCAAGAAAACGACUCACAAAAGUGCGUUGAAUGUAUGUAUAAUUGAGUGUGUCCUGUGUGUGUGUGUGCACGCGUGUGUAUACGUAUAUGUGAAUCGUUAUAAUUUCGUGAAAGCAAUGAUGAGUGCAAAUUAAUGUACCCACAUCCUCUCCAUAUUUCGUGGCGAGCUGGCAACCAUCUUUGAAGAGGCCCCAACACUUUUUGGUAAAAUAGUGUGCGUGCACGAACGGAAGAAGUGUGGAAAGUGUGUUAUACAGUGUGGACACCCCCCUCCACCCCGUUCCUCUAGUGACGAAAGCUGUACGUUUUUAUUCGUGCGUAUUCGUGUGUGUGUGUGUGCGUAGAAGAAGAAGCAGGAAGCAGAAAUUGUAGUUGUACACGCACACUAGCGAGCGUAUCUGGAAGCUUGCACCACUACAUCGCCAAUCAUCAUCAUCAUCAUCCCCUGGGGGAAAAAAACACACCACAGUGGGUGCGAGCAAUCGUUGACGUGAACGAAAACAUCUGCCCAGUGUGUGUGGGGGGUUGAGAGAGUGUGUGUACGUGUGCGUAUUACGUUGCGUUUUACAAUCCGAUCGAUCGGGAUAUCUAUUUCGGAUCGUUUGGCGUUAUUGAUGUUGGUUUGUUGGUUCGGAGGAGCUCUGUGAUAAUUUCGUGCAUUCAACCAACUUCCGUUUCGUUGCUGACCCCGUGUGUACACAUUUCAUCGCAUUAAGACCUUCUUCUGCCCUGUGGAAAGCAUCGAAAACCGCGCAAGGCCACACACAAAAACACCUAACCAACACACCUAACCGCAUAUCGCAAUCGAGAAACGAGGUUCGGUCGCGCGCGCGUUUCUUUGUGUGUGCGUACGUACUGUAUUGUCCCGGCCAGCUUUGAAUGUACGCAUCAUCAGCACCUUGUUCGUUCGCGAAAAAGGUGUUAACGAACGCAGCACCAACAGCAGCAGCAGCUACAACGCAACAGCAGACGGGAAAGAAGCAACCUACGUUGAAGGACAUCGGCAGCAACACGGAGCGUAUCGUGUCCUACCUCGCCAUCACCAUCAUUCAGUGACAUCCCUUCUACAGCGACAUCCCGUUGCAACGCGAACAUGAGGAUAGAGGUAAAUUCGGCGGCCGACUUCCUGAUGAACCUGCUGCGUGUGCGGAAGGCGAACCAACUGUCGGAAAGCCAGCUGCAGCAUUUCAAGGGUUCGCUGGAACAGAUCCUGACACGCCACUUCCAGUGCCACUGGUACCCGGAUGUACCGACGAAGGGGUCCGGUUUCCGGUGCAUUCGCAUCAACGGCAAGAUGGAUCCGAUCAUCGAGAAGGCGGGCCAUGCGGUCGGGCUGAAUACGGUCGUGUUGCGGAAGUUGCUACCCCUCGAGCUAACGAUCUGGAUCGAUCCGGACGAGGUGUCGUACCGGAUUGGGGAGAAUGGUACGAUCUGCGUGCUGUACGAUACGGCCCAGAGCCGUGCGAGCCCAUCGUCCGAUCUCGACUCGACCGGCAGCAGCAGCGGCAUUGCGUGCGACGAAUUCAUCAUGGAGCGGGUCGGCCGGCUCGAUCUGUCCGUGUCGUCGGUGGACAGUGGCAAUGGUAGUGCGGGCGCGAUGAUGGUUGACUACCUGGAGCACAGCGGUAGCACCAAUGGGAAAUCGCACCAGGGUCAGCAGCAGCAGCAGCAGCAGCACCAUAACAACAAGUACAAUCACAACCAAUCGAACAACAACAGCCACCAUCAUCAUUAUGCGAAGCAGCGCCACAGCAACAGCAUGUCGUCGUCGUCGAGCGGACAGACUAGUCCACCGCUCAGCCCACCGUACGGUGCCGCCGGCUUCCUGAACCAUCAGCAGCAGCAAAAUCUCGCCAGAUACCAGGCCGCUCAGCAACAGCAGCAGCAUCCCCAUGGACCGCAGCAGCACAGCAACAACUACUACCCAUCGGCCGCUGCGAACGUACAUCAGCCCCAGCAGUACUUCCCCUGGGACAACCAGUUCGUCAAUAACAAAGUGCGCACCCAAUGUUAAGUCGAUGAGGAAGGCGAAGACGGGGGAAAACCCAGCAGCAAGGUGAUCAAAAAACCGAUGUGUUUGUGUAUUAUCGGUGUGUCAUCGCAUGUCCAUCGCAGGCACAUCAUCCCCCCACAAACAACAAAAUGGAUCUCUCCCUCGAUCAGCAGCAGCUAUCCUUAAGAAAUCUGGAUGUUUUUUAUCCUUCCAAUCCCCCCCCCAAAAACCCCCAGUACAAGUACAAGUACAAGCAACCGUUGCUAAUAGGAACGAGCAAGAUUUAUGUGAUGUUUUUUAACAAAUGGUAGGGAAAAAAUGGAAGCUUAAUAAGACGCUGAAGGAACGGAAAUGCAGCGCAUAAAUAGUGUAUCUGUGUGUGCGUUUGCGGGCGCGCGCGUGUGUGUGAUCCUGCUUUUUCUUCUGUACGGUGCGUGUGUGUGUGCGCGGACGCGUGUAUGUUUCUGUUCUGUUUUGUGCAUUGUUGUGUAGAAAGCAGAAAGAAAAAGAAUCCAGCAACAAAAAAAGGAUAGUCGUAGAGUGUUUUUCAAACACCAUUCGUGUACAAAGCAACCAAGUCAAACAAAGCCGGAAAUAAUAAGUGCGUGGUGGCGUUCUACAAGAAGAGCAAAGUUCUGUUCCUUUCGAAUGAGAGUAAUACCUAGUAGCAGAAAACUGCUGCCAAUUCCAUACGACAACAAUACGUCAUUUGCCCACCAGAAAAAUGAUACCCAAGUCUUUUUUUUAAUUGCCAUCGAAAAACGUGUUUAAAUGUGUGCGAUCGUAUCGUGAUCGUGAGCGACUGUGUAUAUGCGUAUAUGUAUAUUGUGUGAUUUUGUGCGUGAACGCGUGUGUGUGUGCACACACGCUCGUCCUGCUUCUGGAGUGGAGUUUGCCAGCUGGAAUAUGAUGUGUGAUUUAACGGGCUCCGGAACGUGUGUUCCGGCAAAAUAGAGCAGAGAGUUCCUACACUGAUAUUUGUUUUUAAGGCGAAAGAUUGUGAAAGGAUAGAACGUGUUGCGGUAGUGUGUCGCGAGAAGAUGGGCGGGGAGUACCUUUAUCGAAUAGUAGCAGUAACAACACAAGUCACACAAAAACAGUGCAAAAGAAAAAUCCAACUUCAACCACCCUAUAGGCUAUGUAAACGGUAUGGAAAAUAAAUGAACUGAAGGAUGGGGGUGCGCACAACUGUCAACCGGUGCGCACAACUGUCAUCAGCUCUCUGGUGUGCACCUGCCCAGAGGAAAAAGCACGAGCACAGAAGAAAUCGGGAAGAAGAAUAAGAAGAAGGCUGUGGCUGCAGAAGAAUGAAGACACAAACAACAACAACAAAAACACGGUAGACGCAAUGGAAACGGAUGAUCUUCAGCAAACUACGCGCAACGACAUGUCUCGUUGAAUAUACAGCGCGUGUGAUUAAACCUCCUUAUUUCCCAUCACAAGACAACACGCAAAGCUGCUGCGGGUUGCAUGGAGAGAACGAGUGGAAGAGUGAUGGCAUUAGUUUUAGAUGUACAUGAUGAUGUUGAUGUGUGGCUUUACAUACAUCAUAGAAAACACACAGACACACACUGAAUAACAAACCAUGGAUUUGGAGACACCUUGUAGGUGUAGCGCGACGCAUUUCAAUUGUGAUCAAUAUUAAUUUCAAAACACAAAACGUCUUUAUUAUACCAGUAGUAGAAGAGCAGCGGAAUGGUUUAGGAAGGGAGAGAAAACGAGUCAACAAUGAAAUACAAACACGCGAAAAGGAAAAUCUUUUUCAUGUUUCUGUGGUGUGACAAGUUUUGGAAGAUGGAAAUAUGUACGAUGAUGAGGAAAACAGUACAAGCAAGUAAAGCAUAAAUACAGAGCAAGAGAGAGAGAAAGCGAAAGGGAAGAAGAGAAACAAACAAAACGAUAAGAAAAACAAAGAAACAAAAAAAAAUACGAAACGUAAUGUAACAUACAACCCUCCCAACAUUUAUGCGUGUGUGAUUCGCUCGUGACUGCAUGAAAGCUAGCAAAGUAAGCUUUGAAAUUAAGCAAAAGUCAUAUUAAUUGCGGGGGGCCCCGAAGAGUGCUGCUGGCCCUGAAAAGCCCGAAAAUGUAACUGUCGAUGUGUAUGUGUGCGUAUGUGGGUGCACAGAGAAAAAAAUUGGACGAAGACCAAUAUUCACGCUAGAAACGAAGCAUUAGGAAUAGUUUGUAAAGGAAGGAAAAACAACAAUACUACUUUUUUUUGAGAUACUUUAUUUUUCUACGAUAAAAUGUGUUUUUUUUACAUUUGUGUUUAAAUUAAAUCUUUUCUUUGUGAGGCUGCCACCAAGCGCCCUUGUACGGGCGUGUAUGAUGUUGUGCAGAUUGUAAAGUACAGAGAGGAGGAGGUGUACGGGGCGUUGCAAUUUCGCCCCCUCCCACCGCUUGCCUCUCAACCCCUCAAACUCACCAACCAGUCCAAACGAUUAAUUUAGUUUCAAGAUGUGCGUAUAUGCGUGUAAAAAAAAAAACGAUGCCAGAUUUCUGUUCUGUAUUACACUUUUAUUGUCCGGUGUGCAUUUUUCCUUUUACGUAUUUUCGUUUCUUCACUCGCCGUUGCACAUAUGGUUUUUUUUCUUCCUUUUUUUUGGUUACUAUUUCAAUUCCUAAGCUCUCUCGCUCUAGAUAAGAUCCUAAAACAACCAUGCCAAACACAUUCGCACACCCCCACACACAACGGGUGAGAAACGAUUGUGUUUGGUUCGAUUGUUUCGGGGACAACAGAAAGAGAUAGAGAGAGAGGGAGAAAAAGAAAUGCAAACGGUAGCAAAAAAAAGCAGGGGCAAAGAUCCACCCGCGAUCUUGCAACGGUCAGGAAGAGUGUCGGGGAAACGGAAGGAAAAGUGUGGAUAAAGUGAUAGCGUGAUAGAGUGACGGAUGAAGAGAUAUGUGAAGUAUGUGACAUGAUAAUUUUGUUAGCGAGUAAGAGCGAGAAGCGAGUGAAUCCAGGGUAGUAAGAGGUUUGUUUUAAUAAGAUCCAUUUCUUCUCCAACCCCUUUCCAAACAACAAUACCCCCCUCUCGCCCAACCAGGCCCUUUGCUGUAAUGCUUCUUCUCCUGGUUGACCCCUAACCCGUUACAUCGGGUCGCGCGCGUCUACCUCCUGUCCUGGAGUUUCAUGCGAGAGUUUCCCCAUUUUCGUGGGAACCGAUUGAAAAAAAAAGAGUAGCAAGUGGUGGGCACGCAUUUGGGGUUUUUUUUAUCGGUGAAGAAGUGUAGCGAUUGGGUAGGAAGAGGAAAGGCCGAAACAAGGGUGUGAAGAAAGGUACCCUUCCCUGCUAACCGGGGAAGGGACGAAAAAGUCUAAAUGAAGGGAGUCAGUUGUAGUAAGGUAAGCGAGGAGGAGGAAGAAAAAGGGUAGCGAUAGGAAGGAUGUGUGUGAGAGAAAGAGAGAAUCGAUUGUUUAUAAAAAACUAUAUAUAUAUACAUACAAACACUAUAUUUGCUUAUAAUUAUUUUGCUGUAACAAUUUUCGAAUCAAAGAAGAAAAGAAUAACAUCUACACUUGCAUUAAAAAAACUUUAAAAUCAAGCUUCUUUUUUUAUUUUCCUUUUGUUUACUUUCAUUUCCACAUCUUUCACUUGUCUGCUUUAUUUUUUUUUUUUUGGUUUUUUGUUUGUUUGUUCAUCUCGCUGCGUUUUUUCCGUCAUCGUUGUUCGUCGUCAUGGAGCUGCUGUUUCUACUACGUCAUCACCGCCUACUGCUACGUCUUUUAAUUUCCACCAUCGCUACUACUACUGGCUCGAGAUCACCUUUGUGUUUAUGGUUUGUACGAUCGUUCGUUGUUAGGAACAAAGAAAGGAUUCUCAAGUCACGCAGGAAUAAAUGGAGAAUUGUGGAGAGCAACGCUUACAUGGGUUGCUAUUUAAUUUGGGAGGACUUUAAGCAUGGUAGAAAUACGUCUGAGAAAGAUUGAAGUUCGUACGAUUGCUGUUAUGGAGGAAACAGAAAAUGAUGGUACACAAAACAGAGAGCGCCAGUCGAUCCAGUCGAUCGAGUGCUUCAACUGUGGUGACUAUUAAACUUUGUUUCAAUCACGUUUUGAAAUAACUCACCGAGAACUUAAGAUUCCUUGAGCGAUCAGAGGAGUGUUUGCAACAGUUUUUAUCACAAGGAAGAUCACGAAAGAAGGAUGAUCAUGCACCUCGUAUUAUGAGGAUGAUCGCUGCUGUGUGAUUUGUCUAGCACAAAGAACAGAAAUCAACAAAACGAUAUGAUUAUCAUUAGAAAUGGAAUCAGUAGUUUGGAACUCUGAAAUGUUUAAGAAUUCUUUUGCAAUAUAGGGACUUUGGGACUCUAGCGAAUAAACAAUAAUUCUGGAUCUUUAGAAUUUUUCAAGAUUGCCUGACUACAGUUGUUCGAGUCUUUUGCUUCAAAUUUAAACUCAGAGAUUCUUCUUCUUUUUUUUUGGACAUAAUACAAUCUCAGAAUGUUAUGUCCGUAAUCUUGUGUGGCCUACAACCCUGGGCAUUUCAGUGUUUAAACAGUGAACAUCAGUGUUUUCCUGCAAACUUUCCUCCUUCCAGUAUAGAAAUAAGGGUUAAAAGUUCACUUUUAAUUAUAUAACCAGAUACAUUUCAAUAAUGGACAAGGAAAGAUAUCAGCAGUUGUGUUUUUGUAGUAUGUUGGUUUCUUUUCCUCAUUAAGUAUAGAUUAUUAAAGCAGACUAAGGCAGGCUAAGCUGGUGAGGGGUUUGCUGAAAGUCAGAAUUUUUCCAGUUGUUUUACCUAGUCAUGCUCGUUGCUACGUACAUCAAGCUUCCAGAUCUGUUUAUUUUACAUUUAGGUUUUUUUUACAAAGUUUGAAGGUAAUGUUUGUACAUUUUAUCUUCGAUAUUUUUCUUCGGAUAGUUACAGUUGCGAUGUUUUUUUUGUCUUAAUGUUUUCCAGCCUAGGGGAAAAAGGUCGGAAAGUUUUUGGGCCGACAAAUAAGUUGUAAUCGCGAAUAGAAAAUGCUUCUCUUGCUUUGAGGUUUGAACUGUAGCAAAUGAGCGAAUGGAACUGUGGGGUGGAAACUCAUCCAAUUUCAAACUGCAGUGCGCAGUUUUGUUUCCAUUUUGAAAGUGGCAUUUGAAUGGAAAAUUUGUAUUGAACUUUUUUGUUGUUGUUGCAAUUUUCACACAACACACACUUCCAGGCCAGUGAAGAGAAUGUGUGUUUUCACUAGUACAGGCAGGCAGAGGUAGCGUUGUUUGGCGUUCGCUUUAUGUGCAAGUGCAUCACCGACAGCCCAUCGCUUCUACGCACAGAUUUUCCAUCCAACAUACACGCAUUGUGCGGGGUUGUUGGUGCUACCGUGCAUGGACGCAUGAGUCACCUUCACACAAACACGCACGCAUACAAACAUAAGCCCGCAAACACAACAAAAAGAAGGGGGCAGAAGCGCUCCGACUAGGCUGCGUUUUUGUUUGAGCACUUUUGUUUGUUCGCCGCGACUGAUGGGCCGUGUGUUUGAUGGCCGCGCGAAGCCUUGUUCGUUCCAGACUGCGCAAGGUUUUUGUGUUGUGCGUUCGAUGUUCGUGUGCGUGUGCCUGGGAAACAACGGCCAUCAUUAAACCCAUCAAUCCAGCAGCAGCAACCGUCUAUUAGGUUCAUGCGAAAACCGAAGGGCUGCUCCCUGCAACACUGUUUCGCGUGUGCAAACGGCGCAAUAAAAACACACGUCGAUGGGUGAUUUGGAUGUUUAUUGCUGGUCCUGGCCUGGUUGGAUUUGCCGAAACAAAAAAGUCACACGUGUGAUAGUGCGUGUGGAAACGGGAACUACGAGGGUCUGGAUAGAUCUGUCUCUCUCUCUCGAGAGAGAGAGGGCACACCAUCCCGCAAGGGGGUUGAUUUUCGCUCCUGCUGCUAUUUGGUGGUAGAUUAAAUCGAGGGGACCGCAUUGUGCAUGUGUUGCGCGUUUGUAUGCGUGAAGUAUGUUGUCGAUAUAAAAGACACAAGCGCCCCCCCCCCCCCCCCCCCCCUCGGCCCUCUUUUAGUCGCACGAUGAUAAUGAUGAUUAUACGAUUUUUUUUCUUCUUCGUUGAACUCACCCCACCGCGUUCGUGGCUCGAGAAGUUUUCGGGCAUUAUUUUCGUGGUUUGUAAUGUGAGCUACGUGACUAAACGCCUCUAGCCCACGCACACUAACACACACAGUAAAUUGUGUGUCCCGUACGCAUGGUAACAUGAUGUUUCAAAAUGGCUGAUGCGCCCUCCCUUUCUUUGGACAAGGUGACGUCGUCUGCAAUGUUGUUUAUUUUACAUAUUUUGGUAAAAACAUCACGAUGUGACGUUUGAUGCGCUUGUCAUGUAAAGAGUUUUUUUUUACUUCUGUUGUUAUUUCUAAUCACACGAGCCGUGCUCUGCUACUAAGAUCUAGCAAUGGCACAUGAAAUAGACCACCCAAUCCUAUAUGUGCUCUUUCUUUUAUACGUCAUUAUUGAGGGUUGGGAGGCUUUUUGAUUAGAGCAGCACGAUCAAACGUGUUUACUACUGUGAUUUCUUGUUCAUGCAGAGAUUUAUAUGACAUUGAAACUCUGAGAUGGACACUGGCUACUUCCAAUUGCCGGUGGUAGAGUAAAUAAGAUGUUGGAAAUUGUCGAAUUCAUAAGCGUUAUGUAUGGCAGAUUCUGUGGAAACCUUUGAAUAUGAUGUACGAGAUACGACACUUACGAAAGAAAAAGCGUUCUAGCUUUGAGUACACACAUAUGCUUUCAAAACAUAUGCAACGGUUAUUUACAACUAUUACAUUAUGUAUGUAAAUGCUUCAGCAAAGGAACGCGACACAAAUGCGUUACUAAUGCAUUACCCGUGGGUGAAUACUGUAAGUAGAUCAGAACAUCUUCCCUAAUCGUUAUUCAUCAGCACCUUGAUGGACACUAAGAAAGGCUUUGGGAUAAGAGCUGCAAGAGGUAAAAGUACGAGCAAAGUUUCUAUAAAUUAGUGACUGCCAUCAUGUAUAGAAUUGAAUCCAAACGAGUGGGAAAGGCAACAAGACGAAUAGCUUGAAAGUUUCUCCAGAAAAUGGGGCAUUCAAACGAUGCCAUCUUAUGUUUGAAGCCCGUAGAACAGCUUUAAUCGUUUGGAGAUACAGAGAGACAGAGAAACAAUUGUUAUGAAAGGUUCAAUGAUGUAUAUUUGAAGUUAUUUUUUUACAUUUUUGUACAUAUAACAACCACUGCACUUGGUCGCAUAAUCGUCCACGACCAAACUCGUUCCAUUCUUAUGGGGGAACUCUGGGAUGUAAUAUACGUUUAAGAGGUAAUCGGAUGUAAAAGGGAAAAGAUCAUUGAAGAAAAAAAAAGAUGUAGUUUCUGUUAUUGUCCAUCUAUAGCAAGGGCUUUCUGCCAACAAUUUCAGUUUUGUCGAAGUCGAUCAAUUUGAAUUGUUCGGAAUACACCUUCGCAUGAUAUCUUCUGCUAAUGGUUCAGCUUAUUAUAUUCGUGAUAUUCUUGUAAACUAGAGAAAAGCUUAGCAAAAGUUUCGAACAAAAUUGUUUAUUUCCGCAUACUAUCGUUGCUAUUUGCCUCUUCUUUCCCAUUAGACGACCAGCACCAGCAAAUUUCUCCAAUAAUGUCCAAGGAUUGACUAAGUAUGUAUCAUCCUGUGAUCUUACCAUCUUGCUGGGUAACUAUUAAUUUGUAUUUACCUCUAGCAAUGUGUGACAACUUACAAUGUUGUGAGUAUAUCGUGCAACUAGAAAAAAAGGUAAAUUUCUUUAUUCCACUCAAGUGUCGCACUCAAGUCAAGUCAAAACUUUCCGGUGGACAUUGGAUAAAGAUUCAACAAUUUUGAACGAUCUGUGAUUUCGAGACAGAAGGAACUGCUCCUUCCUUCUUGUCACUAUUGCUGUAGGGAAUUUCUUGGACCGUUUCUAGUCUCGCUAAAUUGAAAUAUGCUCCUGCAACCCGUAUACGGCAUAGCUGGUGGUGCUGGUGGUAAGGCAAAAGCAAUGCAAUACAUGUAAAAUAUUUUGAUGCAAACAAAGCAACGAAUGGAGUGGUAUACGCUUAUCAAUAUGUAAGUUUAAUUGAUAAGGGUGUACCGGUUUGUAUUUUCGCUCGAAAGUUCUUUUAUAUUGUACUGUUCUUUAAAAAAAACUUCUUUUUUUAUAAUUUUGACAAACGGCAAUAGUUUCAAUUGCUUCCUUUCCUUACUUUUUGCGCCCUUUGAUUUAAUUGCAUCCUUUUUCGAUUGUAAUCAAGUAAAAUUAUUAGAAAAAAGCGCAUAGUACCGGUAUCGAACAGUUGUAAUUUAAUAACAUAAAACAAACAAACUUCUUGAAACGCUAUCUCUUUACAAGGAAAAACAAGGGAAAAAGAAAAAAACAAUGAAAAAAUCACAAGAAAAUGAAUAAAACAAUCGCAAGAGGGGAAAAAACACACACACAGGGAUAUGCUUUUUUUGUGAGGUACGAUGUGGUAUUGGUAACGUCGCUUCCUACGCACACGCAAGAGAUAUGAUCUAUGGAGCGCCUAACGAAUAUAUUUGAAUGUGAUAAUAAAUAUUUUUAUAUAACAACCGGGCAGGUACAAACGAAACGAGAAGUAUGUUUGAAGAGGCUUUAAUGACUGCAAAUUAUGAAUUACAAAAUAAGAGACAAAAACAAAAACACAGUCAAUCGUGCUACGAACGCAUACACAGGAGGAUAUAUUGGUUUUCUUAACAAAAGAUCAAGUUAAAAGAAUUAAACAUAGAAAACACAAUCCAAAACAUGAAGAAAAAUAUAAAGUUUUCAAACGUAAAACAUCACUCAUAACAUGCAGACGGGCGAAAUCAAAUCAAGCUUUCAACAUAACAAAGGCUGAACAUUAAACAUACUGAUGAACAACUAAAACAAAAAAAAAACAAAACAACUGCGUUAAAACAAAAACAGAAAACAAAAUUACAAAACAGUAAUUGUUGGAGGGCCAGGACAUGGCUUGGAAAAUUUUCCAUUAGCGAAACAAAGUCAUACAUUGAGUGAUUCAUUUACUUAACUAAAGACACUGAAGUUUAGUUUUUCAAUUUUUUUAUGAAGUAAUAUAAUUGAUUUCGAAAAUAUUUUUCUUGUAUUUGUAUUAGUUUGAUUCGUGUGUAAAGGGAGAAAAAAACGUUUUGCUUCUCAACCCCAAUACCUUCACCUCGGUUGAUAAUUUUCAUCCUAUCCUGUCCGGUUCUCCAGCAAAUCAAAGGUUUUGAAGAUAUUCACUUUUAUCUCCAUCACAAGCACAGUAAUCAUUCAGUUUCAAAUGUAUGAACAAGCUGUUAUUACUGAGUCGACAGCGAAAUAGAAAACGUGCUUAUGAUUUUGUUACGAACAACGUCGAAAAGUUGCGUCUCAAUCUUAAUUGUGAUCUACGGGGAAAAACAGACAACAAACACACAAAAUAUGUAAACCAUUUGCAGGAAUGUUUAAAACAAAAUGUGAAACGAUUUUAACUGAAGUAUCUCCUUUUUAACGGUUGAAUUAACACGGUACGAUCGAGUAGAAGUUUUCCAACAAGACAGCGCGCAUGACGGGCGACUGUCUGUUGUGGGGUAGACGUGUGGUUUUUUUUUUCUUUAGUGUAAGGUAUAUAAAAACAGGUACUAUCACAUUCAUAGAUAUUAACUAACAAUCCAAAAAAAACACAGAUGGGGGAAAAUAUCACCUCACCAAAUCAUAUGCAUUGUGCGCAGUAGCAGCAGUUGCAGCCACAACUGUUGCAUAUUUUUGGGGGACAAAAACCAGUAUCCGCGUACAAAGCUCGUCUGCACUUUUUCCACAAGGUUUUUGGUGGAGUUGAACGGUUCAUAUAUGGUGGUAUUAAGUAUGCGACAUGUGGCCACCGAAAUGAGCAAAACACAGAAACAAUCAACACACUUAUUGUAUGUCCCUGGUGCCAAUUUUUAACAGACGGUGGUACAGAAAACAGUUCCAAUCAAUGUUUAUCGACACACAUUUUUGAAGGCUGUUGCAAAAUGGAGAGAAAUCAAAGGGAAUACUGCUGGAUGUUUCUCUGUGGUUGCAUCCUUUUUUUUGGGAAUUUUUUUAGUGUUCAUACACUUUAUUCUCAAAUUUGGGCAUAAAAAAUUAAUAUUUUUUUUGUCAAAAUCAUGACUAAAGGGUUUUAGUUAAAAUAAAAAAAUAUUUAGAAUAAAAUGUAGAUAAAUCAUCAAAAAUACAGCAAAAAAGGCUGCAACGGAGCAGAGAAACUCGCAUGGCAUUUCCUUCUCCAUUAAUCGGUAAAAUAACGUAUCGAAUAAAUCACUUGCCUCAAUCUAGACAUUUUAAACAUAAAUUCAUUUCGAAGAAGUAAUGGUAACUUUGCAGCUUUGGUUUCGUUUAUUUUAUUGCACAAAAACAACAGCAAACAAAUCCCCCCUCCCAAAAAAGGGUUAUUUUACCACUGAAGUGACCUGAAGAAGUGUUUUUGGUGGAACAGCGGGUGGGGUCAUAUGUUGAUGGUCGUUUUUGCUUCCUUGUCUGUGUAUUAUUAUCUUUCGAGAUAUUUAUGUAAUAAACGAAAUAAAAGAACAAUACCGAAAUCAAUAAGACUACAAAACCAACGUACAAAUUAUAGGUAGUAUAGUUGGAGCGUACACUAUACAGAACAGCAAGUUACAUUACAGAUUAUUACAGCAAGCAAGUAAUAAUCGUUAUGUGGUGACGAUUCACUCCUGGACCAUUUACCCAGUAACCGUUCUGUGAAUGUACGUGACGUGAGAGCGAUAAGGAAAGGAGCAAACGUUGGGAACCGAGAGGACUGAAUGGAUUAUAAAUAUUUUUGUCUUUUUAGACACAUGAAACAAGGUUAGGAAUGCUUCAUUUAUCCAUGCACACAGUGUAGUUGAAAGGGAAUUAAUUCAUUAAUCAUAUGGUACUGUUGCAAACAAAGAACAAGUGAUUGUUGUUCUCCUUUGUCCACUAAUAGUUUCAGGCGAAGUUUUUAAGCGCCACCUCCCACAUUUCUAUUUUACAUUUUAUAAUGCUUGAAAGAUCGCCGUUUUAUGAUCGUUCGAUAUAUUCGAUCGAGGUUCGUCUAAGGCGCCAGUUUUGAAAGUUUCGCUGCAGUGUUGAGUGUUCAGCUAGAAGAAACACUCUCGUAGACGGGAUCUCGGAUUGAAGCUGUUCAGAUAUGUGAGAUACAGUGAUUUUCUGCCACCAAUAUCUCGGCCCGGGGGUCGUCCAGCUUUUCAUCCGGUGUAGCCAGAAUGUCCAGCAGCAUUGUGCUACCAGUUCGGUUGUUAAUUUUUUUUACGCUUCCCAGUAAUGUUGUUUACUCGUGGUUGAUCUCACGCGAUCGAACUUAUGAUAGGCGUUUUUUUUUCAUUAUUAAAACCUCCUUCUCCAACCCUGAUUGCGGUGGCAGCAGGGUUGGAUUUGGAAGACCGAGGAGUUUGCACCACAUCACAAUCGCACCAAACCGGUUCCAAAAAAAAAAAUAGUUGUUGUGGUUUUUAAGGCGAUGAGAGCUUCGAAAACUUGUCCGAGCCCGUUUCUGCACGAUCUCCUCAUGUAAAAGCCGCUGUGUUGUUUGCUUUCGACUCUCCAUCCCCCACCCCCCCGGGUGCGCCACGCAUCGAUGUUGGGAAAGAUGGUUGAGAUCACUUGCAGUCGUCGUCGGCCCACGGCUCAUUAAGACUAUAGCGGCCACGGAAUGGGGCUUUCGAUCGAGGGAACCACCAGACUUGCCGCUGGCAACUUACUUACGCAUACGCGGGCGAACUAAAAAAAAAAAACGGCGAACCGGUUUUUGCGUUUCUUUUACUGCCUCUCGUUGCUGCCUCGUCGGGAACGCGUCGCGCAAACCUUUAGGGGAGGUUUGUUGCGGGCGCAUAUGUAUGUUGCGCGCACCGCACACAGGAAACAGGUUUUCAUGAUGUCGCGUACGUUAUUUUCGUCUCCGACUAGCGAUAUAAGGAUAUUUUGCCGUUCCAGACUGUCGCCUAGUUAUUGCUUCAGCCGUCCAGUGAUGGGACGACACGGCAAAAGCGUACCCUCAUUAGACAGCUAUUAAAGUGUUCUUCUCGUAAACGUUGGUUCUCUUUGCUGCUGGGCGAGAACUAGCGUAUUAUUUUGAAAGGUUCAUUCAUGGUUAGGAAAAAACACGAUAAAUUCAUGGUCCAUGGAUUUUCCUUUUUUUUGCAAAAAUAUUCUACUCUCGUUUGCACGCACUCUCACGUACAAAAGUCAACAACAAAAAAUGCAUUAAUACGUCCACAAAACCCACAUCUUGCUACCGAAAAUUAUGUAACAAUGUACAAAUUUUUAACGAAACGAAAACCACAAACACACCCAUACGAUGAAAAAAACAAAAACAAAGCAAACGAACCCUUAAGCAAAAGUAUGUAAAACGGAUUUAAGCAAAGUUAGGUAAUGGUGCAACAUUUAUAUAGAAAGAUAUAUUUUUUUACCGGUUAGAUAAGGAAAGUGAUAAACCGAUCGUACCGAUAGCAAGCGAACAAGAACAGCCCAUCAGCACUCAUAAAAAAAAACAAGCCAAUCGAAUGUGUUAACAUUUAAGAAGACAAACCACCAAGAGAGAGCGAAAACAAAAAACAAAAAAAAACAAGAAAAACAAAACAUACAAAAAAUCGAUGCAAAGAACUGUGAUUGUAACAUAAAAGUGAACAACAACAAGAAAAAAAAACCUAUCGCUAAUUCUGAACUGCAUUUCCGCUUGACAGAGAAAAAAACAACACGGCUUUGAUAAUAAGCGAAAUAGAGCCACCUGAACGAGCUGUGGAAAAUCAGAUUGUAAAGGAGAAAAUUGAGAAAAAUGGAUCCCUUUUAUAUGUAUACAAAAAAAGAAGAAAAUAAAACACAUACAGACGUAUAUAUUGUUACACUUUAGACCGGUUAACGAAGAAAACAAUCAUUCGUAGCAUUUUUAACUGGUUGCAAGAGAAACAAGAGCUAUCUCUGGUAAUAAUUGUUGCUAUAAGAGACAAAGUUUUAGCGAAUCCUGGUUGAGUUUGUUAUUUUUAAAUUAUUAAUGAAAUAACAAUUGUGCGAUAAGUGUAAACCGGUGGUGCAAAACUGUUUUAAAAUUAUUUAAAAAUGGUUAGCACGAUGUGUGAUGCGUGUUGUACACGAAAACGAUAAUUCCUCGAUUACGGAAAAGAGAAAACCCCAUAAGCGCUCUGUACAGUUAUGUGUAUAGAAAUGUAAAAAAAAGGUAACAUAAAUUAUACAUUCGCAUAAACUGAGGCAUUGAAAUAUGACAGCGAGAAAGCAAGAGAGAAAGAGAGAGAAAGAGAGAGAGAGAGAGAAAGAGAAAGAGAAAGAACAAAACAUUGAGAAUGUGCGUAAUACUGUGUAUAUUAGUUCAAUUUUGAACUGGGCAAUGAAAGGCAAACAACACAAAUUAAAACGUGAACACACACCUACAUACAAAACAAGGUAAAGAAACAUGAUGUCGUACUACAAUAUGCAAUAAGAGAUAAUAUAAAACAGGAAAUUCUCACGUUUUCGUUGGGAAAGUUUAAGUUGAUAAGACGACAUUAAAAAAUAUUCAACCAGAAUAAGUAUCUCUUUGAUAUGUUUCUCGAAUUAGAUAUGUUUGUUUGCUCUUCUUUUAAUAGAAGUAAUGUUACGUUUUGUUUUAUCUAAAUAUCAGAUAUAGACCAUCAAGUAAUUGGUUACAUAAUGUAUCAAUGUUAAAACAUUUUAGUUUUCAAAUUUAGUUCAAAAGUACAUAAGAAUUAUUCUACAAAAUAUGAAACAGAUAAAACAAAACGCUUGAUAACAUCAAAAGCAAACGAGGGUGUGUUUGCCCAAUUCAAAAUUGAUCUCGUAGCAUGAAAUAAGACCCGAAACUCUCCAGUAUUGUUUUCACUUUUGUAGAAAAAAAAGCUAAUACAAACUGUAAGAAAAUAGAAAGACAGAACGAAAAAAGGGUGUAAAAAACAAACAAACAUAUACAAACUGUCAACAAAAAAUUCAAGAAUAGAAUGGCUGUUAAAAAUACGGAAGAACUGAUAAAAACAAGUAAUGUGAAUUUGUACAAAUCUACAAUGAAACUGAUUACGAUUAAAGAGUAUAAAGAACAUUUUAUCUCUCCUACGUACUGCUCUGUUACAUCUAAAAGUUCACCCAAGUAGCAUCGCAAAUAUUCGUCGUGCACAACAAAUGCGUAACAAAGACGAGAAAACGAAUGAAACACAACACUGUUUAAGCAUUUAUAUACGUAAUGUGAUGUAAUGUUUUGUAAGAUUCUGUGCAAAAUUUUGUACGAAUCCUUCCUUCUGCUCUGAUCGAUGUUUGACUGCGAUCAUUCGUUUUUACCAAAUGUUUUGUGUUUUGUUGGUGUAGCAAUAAUUGUCGCGCACGAAUUAGUCACAACCAUUUUCCAUCCCUCUUUUAUUAAAGAUAAAGAAAACCACCCUUGAGCAUAUUGACAACCUAUGAAACAAAGAACUGAAAGUUAGAAAGUGUUAAAACACAGUUCCUGUGGAAGUGUUUCGACGUGUUUCUAAGCAAAAAGCAACACCUAAAAGAUCGAUUAUACGACUCAAACAUGAAAACACAUUGAAAAAUAAAACAUGAAAACAAUCUGUUCAAUUUCGCGUAGAGAAUGAAAUCAUUAUUUAGCUGAAGGAUGCUACUCAUGUAGUUCGUUUCUUGUUUAAACUCUCUAAAGUAAUACCAGUAAUACUUCCCCAGUGAGUAUUUUUGUUUUCACACAACUUGAAGCUAAACAAAUGUGUCUAACACUUAUCUGUCCCUGAUCUGUCGAAAUAUGUGUAGCUUCUGUUCGUUUCUUGUUUUAUUUUCUUUUUAAAACUCAAAAUUGGUCACAACUUGAACGUGUAUUUUUUUUAACAUAAAAAUUGUAUCCAUGAAUUCACAUUGAAAAUAUGAAAUGUAAAUCCCGUACCCGAUAUCCAAUUGAAAAAAAAGAAAACAAAAAAUUGAACAAACUAAGGAAAAAAAGGAAAUAAAAAGCAUACACAAAAAAUGGGAGAAAAAUCAAACAUGAAAAUGAACGUACCAAAAGGAUAAUGUAGAGGCAAACUUUUACAGAAAAGUAAAACAAAAUUCUUAUAUAAAUAUAUAUGUCGAUGUUGAAUCAUGUAAAACCUACUCCAAAAACCACGAUCACAAAACGAAACGAAUUUGCAUUGGAAGCUGUUUAAUUGAAUGUAAGAUCGAUGAAACGGUAGAGCGUGUGUAUGUGUAUGUAUUCCAUAUGUUUCCAUUCAAAACUCAAAACAUAAAGCUAAAAACAAAAAAAGGUACAUCUUCUCUCACCUUAGUGCAGAACCGUUUUUUCAAACCGUAGCGAUUUCUUAUCUGAUGUGUAAAACGUAAAAUUAAUCCACACUUUAACAAACCAAACGAGUUGAUAAGAGUUGGUGUGCAACCAAACGGGUUAUCAACCCGGCCGUAGCUCAUACACCCAUACAAAAGCAAGCCCAUGGACGAACGCUCCAGAUACGAAUCCUGCAAAAUCCUUAUUCAUAUUGUUGUAAUGUCCUUGCGCACGAUUGACGUUGCGCCAAACGAAAUCGUAAUGAUAAUGCACCAAUACAUAAGAUAAUCCACACACUCAUACAGCAUCUACUUUUACCACCCAUUCCUAGUACCAGUGAUAGAAGUGUUCGCGGGAGGCGAUAGAUUCUUCGAAAUGUUUGUAAAUAAGCCGCUGUAACGCACCGUAGGUGGGCGACAGCCAUGGACAACAUUACACAUAAAGACGUAAAUUAUCACGAUCAAAGAGCAAGCGAACGAAGAUGAACCGCAGCGUUCAAACAUGACGAAAAAAGAAACAAACAAAAUAACAAGAGACGAUAAAUGAGUAUACAUAGAUGGUGUAAUAAUGAUUUGUUACUAAAAUCGUAUUUAAUUUAAUGUCAAACGCUAUGAAAUGAAAGCAAAAAUUUUUUUUAUGUGUCAUAAAUGCAUAAGAAUGACGUGCAUGGAGACAAACGAUUGUUCGUUUUGUCUUUUGUACACAUUGCAAUUCAAAGUCAUUUGUCGGUUUUCAUCCUUUUCCAUUAUCCUUGUUUUUCUCUUAUUCGUAAAAAUAUUAUCAUUUGUUUAUCAAUCAGAAUAACAAAGAAAAAAAAAACGUUCCUAAAGUACAAGCUGACUGUUAAAAGAUACUGGAAAAAAGAUCUGUACAAAAGCAGUAUAACAUCAUAAACCCAUCACAGCCAACAAGUAAGCGUCCCUUCAUAGCAAGGAAAAGAUCAUAAAAUGCACGUAUAAUCGUUAUUUUCAUAACAAGAUCACGAAACAUUAUGCCGUACUGCUGGUAAAACUGAAAACAAACGGAUUGCGCAUUAUACGUUAAGUUAAAGUUUAAAGAAAAAAUUGUGUCUGCCACAUGCAGUUGAAACAGGAAAAAGAAAGAGCAAAAAAACAACAAUUCAAAAACACAACAUGUUUUUCUUUUCUUACUUUAUUAGGUUAACAAGUUUCUUACUUUUGUGUAACAAAUUAAAUGCAAAUGAAAAAAAAAAACAAAAAAAAAACAAAU